AUGGCGGACACCCUCGACUCGAUCGUCAAGGGGGCACCGCUCCCCGGCCGGGAGUCGGCGGGUAAGAGUGCCUCCGGGACCAGUCCCAUCUCGUCAUCGACUACAUCCAAAGCCGGCGAUCCACUCUCGCACACCCCAAGCUCACCAUCGAUGAUCUACCUCAACCUUCUGGUCCUCGAAGCCUCUCUCAGGGCCCAAUACCUUGAGCUGCGAGCACGACGACGCCACCACAGCUUCUUCUUGACGCUGCUUACAUUAUGGACCUGCGGCUUCGGUUACGCCCUGUUCUUCGCACCCCGCGAAGAUGGCCGUGGUGUAGGUGGCUCGGUGUAUUGGAUGGUCGACAUGGCGGAGAGAGUAUGUUUUACCGGAGGUCUCAUAACGGUAUGCCUUGUCUGGGCCACAGGCAUUUGGGACCGCGGCGUGCGCUGGCCGCGUCGCUGGUUUGCCAUCUCCAACCGCGGACUGCGCGGUUUCAACUGCAAGAUUGUGAUUCAGAAACAGCCAUGGUGGGCCGAGACACUCGCGACCACUGGAUGGUUUUUGACAUAUGGUCUGUUCUCUAAUACUGGAUCGUCAUACCGCUACGUCGACCCCCAGGUACUGCGUGAAGUAGAUGCUCAGCUGAACCUGUCGGCUCAGGGACACCCUGCACUACCUGUCGUGAGCGAAGAUGAGGAGAGGGGCGCACACGAGGAGGAUCUUGCUCCGGGCGGCGAUUAUCUCAAGCUGUUGCUUUUCGCAAAGCCUUUUUCGCCCACUUUCCGUGAGAACUGGGAGCUUUUCCGGACCGAGUAUUGGGAGCGGGAGAAUGAGCGCCGAGCGCUGAUACGCGUCAAGGUCAAGGAGCACGACAAGAAGCUGAGGGUGCAGCAUGGUGGCUGGUUGUGGUGGCUUCCCCGGUACAAGGUCAGGCCUGAACAGCAGCUCGCGGCGGCACAGCAACUACAACAUCACAAUGCCGAGAAGGCCCACGGUCACAGUCGCCAUGCCUCGACACACCUCAGCGUCGAACGGGAACACCGUCGCACGCGCAGCAGCAGUGUGAGAAGAGGAAGCUUUUCAUCGAAUGCAACCUCGAGGAGCGCUACACCAACUAUUGAAGUGGACGAAGCAGGAGGGGUGACGCGACGAGCCAGCACGGCAUCCAACGCGUCCGACAAGCGUCGCAAGAAGCUGUCGGCCUCUGCGGCAGGCCCGAGAUCCCAGAAGCGGACCACGGAAUCGAGAUCCGUCACUCCGGAAGUGACGUCGCCCCUUGCAAAAGAAGCGACGAGCGCGAGUGAUGAGGCGGAGAAGGAUGGAAACAGCGGUGCUGAUACUGUGGCGAGUGAAGACAAUCUGGAGAGACGAACGAGGAAGAAAUCGCUUUCCAGAUCGCCAGCUCCUUCAGUAUCGUCGAUGGAGUGA